CCCUCACAUUCGUAGAAAACACUCACAUAAAAUUCAGCAAAAUUAUUGGGAACAAAGUAAAAAAUUGAAAAACAGUUAGAAAUCACCAAUCGUGAAUUAAACAUAAUCAGCACGUAGCGGGACACAAGUGAAAUGGCCUCGAGCCGUAUGCUUAACUUGUUCAGCAAGAAUAACGUAAGUGUCUUUAAGCGUGUGAAGCGCUCCAAUUCCACAGGCCCACCUAUCGUAGUCGAUGGACCAGAACGCUUGACAUCAUGGGGCGGCUCCCCACUAUCAAUUGGAACCAUUCGCAGCUGGAAUGGAUACAUCUAUGAUCAGCAUCGUUUCUAUGCAACAGAUAAAUGCGAUACUGCCGUUAUUAAAGGUCUGGUAGUGGGCAUGUAUAAGAAGGAGAGCGACAAGGACCUUAAGCUGACCUCAAGCGGUGAGAAAUUCGAUGAUCGCGCACAGGGAAAAAUCUCAGAGCUAUUGCGCGAGUCCGGUUACACGGGUGCCCUAGGCAAGGGCAAACUAUUUUCAAAUCUCGAUCCAGAGUUUCGAUCGGUGGCCGUUGUGGGCUUGGGUCAGGAGGGUGCUGGGUACAAUGAGCUGGAAAUGAUUGACGAGGGGAUGGAGAAUGCGCGUGUGGCGGCCGGAGUGGGCGCACGCGCUUUACAGCUUCAAGGCUGCACAGAUGUCUUUGUUGAUUCCAUGGAGUAUCCGGAGCAGGCGGCGGAGGGCAGUGCUCUGGCGGUCUGGCGCUACAACAGCAAUAAACGCAAACAGAAUCGCACUGCAAUACCCAAGCUGGAGCUCUACGAUUCACCUGAUGUCGAUGCCUGGACGCGUGGCCUCUUCAAGGCAGAGUCCCAGAAUUUGGCGCGUCGACUGACCGAUGCGCCGGGCAACCAGAUGACCCCCACCAUUUUCGCUCAGUCCACGGUUGAUGCUCUGUGUCCCUGCGGCGUUACAGUGGAAAUACGUUCCAUGGACUGGAUCGAACAGAAUCAUCUAAAUUCUUUUCUAAUGGUGGCCAAGGGUUCUUGUGAGCCGCCCGUCGUUCUGGAGGUCAGCUAUUGUGGCGCAGCACCCGAGGAUCGUCCGAUCCUCCUGCUGGGCAAGGGCAUCACCUACAACAGCGGCGGCUUGUGUCUGCGUCGCAAGCAGUGUCUGCAUCUCUAUCGCGGAUGUAUGGCUGGGGCAGCGGUAUGUGUGGCCACCAUUCGGGCCGCGGCGGCUCUCUCCCUGCCACUGAACAUAUCGGCUGUGUUGCCGCUCUGCGAGAACAUGCCCUCCGGCAUGUCUGUGAAGCCCGGAGAUGUGGUUACCCUGCUGAACAAUAAGACGUUGGGCAUUGUGGACAUUGACAAGGCAGGCGUGGUGGUCAUGGCCGAUCCCCUGCUCUAUGCACAGGCCACUUUCAAGCCGCGCCUGGUCGUGGACAUUGCAACGUUGGGCGAUGGUGUUUGCAGCGGUCUGGGUGGCGGAGCUGCUGGCAUAUUCUCCAAUUCGAACUACAUCUACAAGCAGUUCGAGAAGGCUGGCGGACUAACUGGCGAUCGUGUGUGGCGCUUACCGCUCUGGAAUUAUUACAAGGACCUGAUAACCCCCAAUAGCAAUUUCGAUAUUAGCAACAGAGGGCGUGGACCAGCCUCCUCGUGCAUUGCUGCUGCUGUUCUACAUGAGCUGGUGCCCUGUGUGGAUUGGGCCCAUCUGGAUAUACGCAACGUGGGCUUACUCACCCAAUUCAAUCCGUUGCCAUAUUUGCUGAAGGAUCGUAUGACGGGACGUCCUACACGUACCAUCAUUCAGUUCCUCUACCAGAUGGCCUGUCCAGAUAGCAAAUAGUGGGUGGGCUGACACUUCCAAGCCCAUUCAACCUCUAUAAGUUUUUGUUAAGUGUGUUACUUCUUGGCGUUCAUUAUUUAGUUUUGUUUAUUUGUUGUUUCGAUGCCGGUUCAAAAUUAAGUGUUCAUUAUUUACUGUCGAGCGUCGACAGCCCGAGGCAAGAGGGCAGACAAACAGACACUCAGACACUCAGUACUAAUGUCCAAAAUUGUAUUGUUGAACCUACUCGUAUCACAAACUCUGUUGAAAAAGUGAAUAAAUGCGAUUCCUAUAUGUGAGCGAUAUUCAAUAUACGAGUAUCUUCAAAGGGUCAAUUCACAA